UCCCUGAAUGCAGUUUCCGUCGAAGCAUCGGCAAGAUACAACGUGCUUGAUAAAGCUCUUAUUCACCAUCUCUAUCUAACUAUUCCCACGUGACACGUGUUCCGCGAUUUAUUUCGUCCAGUUUAUUUAGUGACUUUUCUUUAAAAUUACAAUUUUUAUUUUAUUUCCCCGCUCGCUAAAAAAUUGCCAAAUUUUUUCAAAAUUUGUGAUCAAAAUUUUUUGUGGUGAAAUAAAUUUUAGUUUCUUUAAUUUUGUUUUUGCUGUUGUUGUUGUAUGUCAUUUUGAGACUUUCAGGUAAUCAUUAACAGAGGAUUAUUCAUCAUUCAAAUUUUUAUCUGGAAGGGAUGCUCAAAGAAGAAAGAAAAGGUGAAAAACUGGUGGAACGAGCAGUCCGGAGGGCAAGAGAGGUCGUGGAAUAAAAUUUCAUCGACGUCGUUCUUCAUCUAGUUUCGCUCUGAUGCCGGAUGCUUCAGUCAGUUUGGUUACCCGUGCUUUACAAUGCUUUGCCAUCGCACUUUCGUCGGCCUGCUGACUGUUUUUGGAGUACCCAUUGUAAUAAGAGGCUUGGAACCAGACUUCCUGUAUCCUUUGGAAAAUGUAACAAUCCCGCAAGGUCGAGACGCAACAUUCACUUGUGUAGUGAACAACCUAGGCGGAUACAGGGUGAGUCCUUCUUCCUACACCAGUGGAGAUCACAGUGGCGGCAAGACUACCCGGGUAGCUUGGAUAAAGGCAGACACAAAAGCAAUACUGGCAAUCCACGAACACGUUAUCACGAAUAAUGCCCGUCUAUCUGUCACCCACAAUGAUUACAAUACUUGGACUCUUCAUAUAAAGAAUGCUAAGCAAGAGGAUCGUGGACUCUACAUGUGCCAAGUUAAUACUGAUCCUAUGAAAAGCCAGAGUGCUUUCCUGGAAGUAGUCAUUCCACCAGAUAUUAUAUCCGAAGAAACGUCCGGCGACAUGAUGGUUCCAGAGGGCAGCUCUGCAAAACUAACCUGCAAAGCACGAGGCUACCCAAAACCAGAAAUAGUUUGGCGGCGCGAGGAUCGCGGGGACAUUAUUGUCAGAGACAUUAACGGUGGAACUAAAAUAAGACAAACUUCAGUCCAAGGCGAGGUACUGAUCUUAACAAAAGUAACAAGAAGCGAAAUGGGAACUUAUAUGUGUAUAGCAAGUAACGGAGUGCCUCCAUCGGUCAGUAAACAGAUGAUGUUGCAUGUCAACUUUCAUCCAAUGAUUCAAGUUCCGAACCAAUUAGUUGGCGCACCAGCAGGGACAAAUGUCACGCUGAUUUGUCAAGUGGAAGCUUCUCCAAAGGCCAUUAACUAUUGGACUCGUGAAACCGGUGAAAUGAUAAUAACCAAUCACAAGUAUACAAUGUCCGAGGAAAGGAUGUCUGACUAUAGUAUACAAAUGCGAUUAAUUAUACGUAAUUUACAGAAAACUGAUCUAGGUGGUUAUAAGUGUAUUUCAAAAAAUUCUAUUGGUGAAGCUGAAAGUAAUAUACGACUCUAUGAUAUGGAUUUAACCGAGCACUCGAGGAAAAACAACGAGGUGCCGAAUGAAGACGAUUCGAGCGAGUCACGCGAGCACCAUGGACACAGACUGAAUCGUAUUUAUCAAGGAUCCCUCAGGGAAAGUGGUUCAACAGGACAAACGCCCCUUGACACGGAGGGCACUUCCGCAGCCACAACUAUUAUCAAGAGUUUUCCUAAAUUAUCCAUUAUUUUAAUAAUUCAUUGUACACUCAAUAUAAUUCACAACGUUAUUACGUAAGCUAUUAAAAAAACACUAUUUAUUACUUAAAUUUAAAGUCUAUUUAUAAAUAUAUAAAUAUAAAUAUUAUAAUUUAUAAUAUAAUGAUUAUUGAAUAAAUAUAUAGUGUAAUACGCUCACGUAUUUUAUACAAGUGUUAAACGUAUAAUUGUUGCAGUGGAUGGGUGUAAAUUUAACCGAACUAAAACAUUAUUCGCUUCAUUGUUCAAAAGCAGUAUUGGCAAAUUAAAUCAACUAUACGAUUUCAUAUUCGAGUAUAAACGUUAAUUAAUAAACAGCAGUGCCAAAUAACGAAAUACAAUAUUAAUAUGUAUUUAAAAAGAGUAUUGUGAUUUGACGAAUAAAUUUUUGUUUGUUGAAUUCUUUGUUGAAAGCUUAUAAACAUAAUGAUUUCUUCUCCGGCUUUUUUAACUGUAAAUAAUUAUUGACACUGAUAAGGAUAAAUAAAGAGCGUUGAAAUUUCUUACUACUCAAUAUUCAAAAGGAGAUCCAAGAUAAAAUGGAAUAUUGUUUUUGAAAUAGAAAAUUUUUUAAGAAAUUCAAAUAAGAGUGUACUAUAUUUGUGAGUUACUGCACGGAAAAAAAUUUUCUUUAAAAAAAAUUACCGUUAAAUUCACGGUAAUCGAGGGAACAAAUGCGGCCCUUCUACUUAGUACCAUUUUUGGGCUCCCCGACUUUAUUAAUCCGCAAAAAUUACCCACGUCAAAAUUUCUCAGCAAAAAUUUCUCACACAACAAUAUCUCAAGUACAAUUAUUUCUAAAAACAAAAGUUAUCACAUCAUAAAUUAAUUUGACGAAAAUUAAUCAUCAUUUACGAAAAUGCUUAUAUAUAUCUUCAACAUUAACAUGGCCCUUUUAUCAUGGUUUUUGUGUGAGAAAUUUUUGCAUGAGAAAAAAGAGACGGUCACCCCAUUUUUUAAAUAAAAAUUAAUUUAUUUUAUGGCAGACUUUAUAAAAUUGAUCGAAAACCUAAUAAAAUUUACGGUAGACUACGGUAAAAUUUGUUGAAAAAAAGUUAAAACUUAUCUCACUUUCCGACAAAUGAUUAGGUCGUGCCAUCUGUCCCACAAUUAUCGUGAAUUUAACGUUAAUUUUUUAAGAAAAUUUCUUUCAUUGUAUCUAACUCUUCAUCGAAGAAAACAAAUAAUACAAGACAUUUUUAAGAAAAUAUUUUUUUUCAAUCAAUCAGUUUUUUUCAAUAAACUGUCAUUAUGUAAAUCUUAAAAUUUUUUAAUCAUAAUUUCGAAAAGUCAUAUUAAAAAGAUUGAUUCGGGUAUUUAUAAUCUAAAUAAUACGAAAAAAUACUAAACGAAAAAAUAUUUUUUUUAUUUUUAAACCGAUGUGACAUAUUCAACUCGGAUUUCCCUACAGUUUAAAUCGAUACACGCUAAACGUGCCACUAUAAAUAAAUAUAUCUAUAUUAAAUAUAAAAUAAAUAGAAAAUAUGUAAAUUCGAAUAAAGUGUAAAUAAAAAAGAAGUAAUGUCCAUAUAUUUCGAUGCUUGAUUAUAAAAUAAGUAAAUAAAAAUAAUCGAUUAUUGUAACGGAAGCAGCUUUUGAAAAUAUCAGUAAAUAUUAAAAAUUGAGUGAAUAUAAAUAUUGUUGUCCGUGUAGACUUUUUAACGCAUUAAUUGUGUAAAUAUGUCAUGGUAUGUUUCCAGUUGAUUUUUAUUCUAUUUUACGUAUUAAUAUAUAUUAAUAUUAUAUCCACGUCAGAAAUAUGAUAUGUCGGUUUGAUAAUAAAAAUAUAGAAUAGUAAUAAAUAUUGAUUUAUUAAAAUAAACUUUAAUAAAUUGAAAAGUUUAUAAAUGGAAUGUAUUGGUAAUAUAAAUGUGUUUUGUGCCAAAAUGUAAAGUUAAUAAUAAAUUAUGAAAGUUAUUUCACAAGCUUAAAAAAAUAAAAAUAAAUUGAAGUAUAAUGCGGUAUAGUAGGAUAAUAUACAAUAUAACUUGAGAAAAUAAUGCAGCUAUCGGAUUGAUGAUUGAAACAAAGUUAUGGCAAAGUUAUAACGAUAAUAAGUAUGCUGUUAUAUUUUUACUGAGUUAUCGAAGAUCGCCUCAGGCGAGUUAUUUUAAUGAAAUAACUGUAUCCAAAGUUAAUAUAAACUUCCUAACAGAUCUGAAUCAUUUCUUUAUCAAUUAACUCAAAUACCUACGGAAAUACAACCCGGGACACAACCCGGGGUGGAAUACAGUGGAACUGUUAAUAAAUAAUUGGUGAUUAUCAGGUGCGCGAUCUUAAUAUUAAAAAUCAAAAAGUAUUUAAAUCUAGAUAAGCUUUACAUAAUUGCCAAAAAUUUCUUCUUAAGGUUUCUUGGACACGAUAUAUAUAGUUUGUACUAUUAUUUUCCUUUCUAUUCGUUAAUGUUGCCUUUCUUACGGAAUAUAUGUAGCUCACUUUUUGGUUAUUUUCCGAAUAAAAAUUUUUUCUAUUAAAGUAUUAACAAAAUCCUUCGUCAGAAUAUUGUAAAAAAUUUAAAAAUAAUCUAUAAAAAGCGAUUUAUAAAAAUAAAAGUUUUUCGUUUUCUUAUCUUUAGUAAGUUCCGCGAGAUUUUUCAAAAUAAAUAUAUCCGUCUAACAUUUACUAUAGACUGUACCCGUGCAAAAAAAAUUCUGAUUCAAAAUGAAUUUAAGAUUGAAAUUCAUAUUUUGACAUAAAUAUGAAUUAGUUUUGAGAUCAAUCCAAAUUUGAAAUUGAUUUGUAGAUAGAAAUUAGCACGUCUGUAGAACUUUCGAUCCUGCUUCAAAAUUUUAAUAAAGGCUUAAAAAUAUUUAGGAUUAAUUUUGUAUAUAAAAUAUUUUUAAGUAUUUAUUAAAAUUCUGAAGCAGGAUCGAACGUUCUACAGACGUGCUAAUUUCUAUUUGCAAAUCAAUUUCAAAUUUGGAUUGAUCUCAAAACUAAUUCAUAUUUGUGUCAAAAUAUGAAUUUCAAUCUUAAAUUCAUUUUGAAUCAGAAUUUUUUUUGCA